AUGAGAAGAAGAUUUACUAGGAUAUCUUCCCUUUUUCUUGCUGUUCGUAACUGGGUCAAAUUUGAGCACACAGCAUCAUAUAUCAAUCAGCAUAUACAAUUUCCGUCUAGAAAUGCCACUACAAUUACAAGUACUCAUAUUUUAAAAGCCCCUCAUUUGAUGCUUCCUGUCAAUAAUCUUUCCGUUCCCAGGCCCUUCUCAAUUAACAGCGAUCAAGAGGCUUCUAGUGUCAAGGAAUAUGAAUAUUUGAGCGUCAUGCAGAUGGUGGUGUUCAAGAGGAGUAAAAAACUGGAAAAAUGGGGUUUGAUGGUUACGCCGGCAAUAGUAUCUGACGUUCUUUCUCGGGUUCGAAAUGAUUGGGAAACUGCGUUUACCUUCUUUUUGUGGGCUGGAAAACAGCCCGAUUAUGCGCAUUCCGUUAGGGAGUAUCAUUCAACGAUCUCCAUUCUUGGGAAGUUUAGGAAGUUUGAUACUGCCUCGGCUUUGAUCAAUGACAUGAGAGCAGCAUCUUCACUAACUCCACACCCUUUUGAUAAGGAUCAGAAAAUACGCAGCUGUGCACGAUGUAGGCAAGGCAAUCAGUACUUUCUAUGCGCUUAG